AAUAUAUAUAAACUAUUAUAAAUGAUAUAUAUUGUAUAUCGUCGCACUUGUACGAAAUUUAUAUCACACUCGUCAGUCUCCCACCCGCAAAGUUACCUCUUUUUCUCUCUCCAUUUUUCUUUCUCAAGAAAGGAACCGGAGAAGAAAUUAAGAAAGGGUCAUCAUUUAGGAAGAAACAGUGAUGGAAGGUGUUUCUGCGACCAUGUACAAGGGUUUGAGAAGGUACUGGAAGAGGAGAGGCUACGUCAAGCUAAAUGGUUCGGGACGGGAACGGCGGAGCAGGGUGGAGCUUGGUUCCUCUCGGCGGAGGAGGUUCUGGAGGAUCAGGGUCAAGGCAAAGCUGAGAAUACCUUCACCCAAGAAGUUCUUUGUUUGGCUACGUGAUGCCUACGUGAAAAUGAUGCUGAGGUUAGGCAACUCCAGGGUGGUUAGUAGUGGCUACGGAGGAGCCAUAGAUGAUAAUGGGAUUGCUACCUUUGGGAAGCGUCCGCUGAAAGAGUAUGACGAGAAAAUGAUCGUUGAGAUCUACAAAUCCUUGGUGAUGGCGCAAGGUCAGCUGGUGCCUUGGGAGGCAGGCAAGCUUAGCUCUGCAAUUAUUUGUCAUCGCUGAAAAAACAGAAAAAAAAAAAGUGUUAAGAGUGGGUUUAUUUAAUUUCACACAUCCGAUUAUUUUCGCCACAAACUUGUGGUGAAAGGAUUUGGAUCAUGGAAAUUAGAGAAGAAUCAAUUCCCAAAGAAAAGCCUGAAAAACUGCUUUUUUUUUUCCCUCUUCAAUAGGGUUUUAAUGUCGUUCUUUUCUUGUGAUUAAAACCAGUAAAUUGUUCAGUUUGGCAAUAGCCAAUAAGCUGUUAAAUGCACCUGACUAUUUGUCGGGGACCAAAAAUGGUUUUAAUUAAUAGCGGGAAGCAUCAUUCAUGCUUGUUAAUUUUUUUUAAUUAGUAUAAUUAAGCAUAAUUAAUUAAGUUCUAUGCGUAUUAAUUAGAUCAAGUUGUUCAGCUAUUUCGUCCUCCACUAAAUAUUGUUUGAUUGUGGUAGUGGCCGUCAACAUUCAUUGAUUCAGAGAAUAGGAAAAACAAUAUAUUAGCUAUUAUAUGAUGCCAUCAAGAACAAAUAACAAGAUUAAUUCAUGGGGAACAAUUAAUU